CUAACGCCUUGUCCGUCCAAGACACAUUUGAAAGUCGCAUACAAAAGCUGCAGACAAACUUUUGUCAAUGAAUGUGAUACUUUGGCAUCAGAGCUGCUGCUCAGAUUUAGCCUCCUAAUUGUGGAUGUAUUGUCUGUUCCCAAGUCAUCGACUUGCCCAAGUUAUGUAAUUAAACAAUAAGCGCGAAAGCGCCAUGUCGGUGGCGCACUCUAUCGUAACUAGAAACAACAUCUCCAUCCCAUCUUCCCUCAACACCUCACCUCGACGACUGCUCUUCUCGGAACUCUGUACCUUUGGCAUGUCCCCCGAAGCGACAUCCGGCGGAAACCCGAACCCCCGAGAUCUCCAUUCUGCCGUCCUGCAGACCACUUUGCAGGAGAUAUCGUCGCGAUCGACAGAGCUCCAAGACUGCUGCGUCAUCUGCCUAGAGGAGGUCACCGAACGCUGCGAGGCCCAACCUUGCCACCACCACAAUUUCGACUACCUCUGCCUCGUGACAUGGCUUGAGCAGCAAGCGGCUUGUCCGCUAUGUAAAACCGAAGUCAAGGAGGUCCGCUACGAUUUCAGCGACGACCAAACGCAAUGGAAAACCUACAAGGCACCGGAGCGACCGCAGGAAAAGCCUACAGCUGCGGGAGCCUCUCCUCCGAGCCAACAGGCGAGGCGAUUUUACUCCCAUACACGCCUGCGAUACUCGCGAUCGCAUGCGUACCCGACCCGGACCUUCACUCCUUCUCAAAACGAGGCGAUUGCGCGCCGGAGGACCGUCUAUCGGGACCAAAUGUACUCGUUGCACGUCGGCUCGAACCGGAUCUCGAGAUACAGAGACCUGACGCCACAGCUGUUUGCCUCCGACGCCGAGCUCGUCUCUCGCGCGCGCACGUUCCUCCGCCGCGAACUACAAGUCUUCGAGUUUCUAUCGCCCGACAACGACGCGCUGCCACAGGACGCCGACCCCGUUCGGCGACGCAGGGCAAACAAUGCCGAGUUCCUCCUCGAGUACAUCAUUGCGAUCCUCAAGACCGUGGAUAUGCAGGGCAGCAUGGGCCAGGCCGAGGAGCUGAUCCAGGAAUUUCUGGGAAGGGAGAACACGCGGCUGUUGCUCCAUGAGCUCAGAGCAUGGCUGCGGAGCCCCUACAUGACGUUGGAGAGCUGGGACCGCGCCGUACAAUACCCGGAUGCUGCGCCUAAGCGGCGGCGACGGUCGCAGAGUCCCAGCGCAGCCGACCGGGCGGAAUCCUCAAGAAGCGCCGACGGGAUCUAUCCUUCGAGGUGGCGGAGGGACGAGCGGCGCAGGCACCGGCGUGAGCCCCACGAAUCGCGCCGUUCACGGAAUGACGAACGGUUGAGAGAGGCUACAGAGCGAUACAUUGUUGACUAGGCUCGCGGAGAACGGCCUGAAUCACCUACAUGAUACCCUUGCAUUUGAUUUCUAUUGCGGCGGCGGCGGAGUUAUGUAGUAUUCGCGGGGUCUCUCUUUGGCUUACGAGACUGUUACGAUACCCUGCGGGUACUUUAGCCUCCAAGCUUUGGAACAGGCCCCGCACCAGGCCCUCCUAAUGGAACCUGACAUGACAGGAGUGUAGUAGUAUAGAGUAUACGAACAGACAAGGUCUCUUUGAGCUCUACGAUUCAUGAGAUGUGACGCGGCAGGCCAAGUGCCGGGAUGGAACUUUUUCAGCGCGCGCUUCCUUCUCCCUUUUCUCCUGGUUUGGAUAAUGGCGGGGUGUGG